GGGCGUGUAUAACGGGGCUUCUUUAUAAAUUGUGAACAAGACUCUUAAAUCCUAAAAAUCGCAUUUUUUUGUUUGUUGCUUCAAAGCAAAAUCCCAAAUUUCAACGACGACCAUCGCAAUGUUUGAUUCUUCAUCGAAAUCGUUCAAUUCCCAUUUAGUUUUUCCCAGAACUUUCGAUGAUCAUCCAGAUUCCGGCGUCUGUUCACCUCCUCUGUGGAGAAGCAGCCCACCGAAGAGUCCUUCUCACCGUCACUGCAGUAAUCUCUCGCCUGUUUCGAAAGCUCAGGUGAUCGCUCGUGGUCAGCGAGAGCUUAUGGAAAUGGUUAGCAAGAUGCCCGAGUCGUGCUACGAGCUUUCGUUGAAGGAUCUCGUUGAGGUGAACUCAGACGAAGAUAAGGAGCGGAAAGUGCUCGAUGAAUUGCCUCAGAGAAAAAGCAAGCCGAGUAAAGUCGUGAGGAAGAUGAAGAGCGAUAAAUGGGUCGAUCCGAUUCGAAACGGAGGCGUAAACAACAGUGGGUUUCUUCUGAAAUUGGUGUUUCCUGUUAGCUUGGGUGCUAAGAAAAAGACGAAGAAGAAAGAUGAGGAUGAUUCUUCUGUCACAAGCAAAGGCUCUUGGAUUUCUCCCAGAUCAGAGGAUAAAGAUUGGUGGAAGAAUGGAUUGUCAGAUUCGCGUAGGAGUCACAGAGGUGUCUCAAGGAUCAACAGUGGGAGCUCAAAGAGCAGUGGUGGUAAUAGCAGCAGAAGCAACAGCGAUCCAAGUCUAAGGGAUGAAAACAGAGGAUGCUUAUCUUUCCUCUGGAAUGUACAUCUACGAGAUUGAAACGAAAAGUUCUGCAUUGGUUAUACACUUCUUUGGCUAAGAGGAUAACCUAUUCAUAUAACUCGGGCCGGAUAUAGUGCGUUUUUUAAACCCAUGGAUCAUGGAUGAAUGAAUCCAGCCCCAGGAAUGGUGAAGAUGAAAGCAGAGGACAUGAGUACUCUUCUUCAAUGUGCAACCAAAGAUUCUAUCCCCUUUUUUUCUGGUGUUCUUUGUAAGCCUAUGUAAUGUAGCUAUAGAGUCUAUAGUGAUCUUAUAUGUAGAUAGAUACUCCAGCUUUUGCUAACAUAAACCGAUAAAAGUGUUAUAAUGCUCAUCGAGAAAUAUCAAAAUUUUAAGUUUUUGCA